AUGUCCCUCCGAAUCGUACCAGAGAACAGCCAGGCCACCUCCUUCAGCCACACGAACCGCACCACCUCGGCGCCCUCCGCCCCGGGCGUCCACGACACCCUCCGCCACGGCGUCGCCCAGUCCCCCUUCGACGCCGCCGCCAACAAGCCCUCCUCGGCGCACCCCCUCGAGGCCCGCCUCAAGAGCUGGGAGGCCACCCAGGAGUCCCUCCGCAUGGAGACCCUGCGCCGCACCUACGGCAUCGCCGAGCCCGUCCGCCGCGGCAUGGAGCUCAAGAUCGUCCGCGACGGCGAGUGGCGGCCCCUCGCACUGGGCGGCGGCCUGCCCAGCGUCCACGAGGACAUACUCAAGGGGAGGGAGGACAUGAUCAGCUGGGAGGACGUGUUCACCGGUGACGAGAUGCGGGGCGUUCCUGGGGUUCACGAUGAGAUGGAGCGGAAGCUUAAGAUGCAGUGA